CCAUGUCCCAUCCGUCCGACCAUGUGCUGCGUCCCAAGGAAAAUGCUCCGGUGAGAAAGCCGGAAAUGUCAGCCGCCAUCCUCAACAUGCAGAAAAAGAACUUUCUGCUGGGCAAAAAGCCCACCAGUGAGAAUGUGGCUCCAGCCGGCAAGCCUUUGCCAGGAUCUUCGGGAGCUGCGAUCAGGAGUGCGAUGACUGGCGUGCGUCCGCCUAAUAAACCAGGUCUAGUAGCCUCCAAUUCCGCAGUGCCCGCAGCAGUUGGCAAGUUCCAGAAGCCACAGGUGCCGCCCGUUAAGAAGGCCACCUCAGAGUUUGUGGCUCCCGCUCCAAUGGCUCCUAUAAAGAAACCCGAAGUCGUUCCGAAACCGAAAUCCCCUGCUACAGCCGCAGAAUCCUCUACAGAAUCGAGUGCUGCAGUGGCCAGCAGUUCCGGAAGCACCAGCGACAAGGAAAAAGCCAAGACUGAUGGACAGCCGCAGAAGCCCAAGAAAACCUGGGAGCUAAACAACUUCGACAUUGGCCGUCUACUAGGACGCGGCAAAUUUGGCAACGUUUACUUGGCGCGCGAAAAGGAAUCCCAGUUUGUGGUGGCCCUGAAAGUGCUCUUCAAGCGCCAGAUUGGCGAGUCCAAUGUGGAGCACCAGGUGCGCCGUGAGAUCGAGAUACAGUCGCAUUUGCGCCACCCGCAUAUCCUUCGCUUAUACGCCUACUUUCACGACGAUGUGCGCAUCUAUUUGAUACUGGAGUACGCGCCACAGGGAACGCUCUUCAAUGCCCUGCAGGCUCAGCCUCUAAAGCGCUUCGAUGAGCGCCAGUCGGCCACGUACAUUCAUGCCUUGUGCUCGGCGCUGCUCUAUCUGCACGAGCGCGACAUCAUCCACAGGGAUAUCAAGCCGGAGAAUCUGCUGCUUGGUCACAAAGGCGUCCUGAAGAUCGCCGACUUCGGCUGGUCCGUGCACGAACCCAACUCCAUGCGCAUGACGCUGUGCGGCACUGUGGACUACCUGCCGCCGGAAAUGGUGCAGGGCAAGCCGCACACCAAAAACGUCGAUCUCUGGAGCCUGGGAGUGCUCUGUUUCGAGCUGUUGGUCGGCCACGCGCCCUUCUACUCGAAGGUCUACGACGAGACCUACAAGAAGAUCCUCAAGGUGGACUACAAGCUGCCGGAGCACAUCUCCAAGGCGGCCGCACACCUCAUUUCCAAGCUGCUCGUCCUCAAUCCCCAGCACCGCCUGCCGCUGGACCAGGUGAUGGUGCACCCAUGGAUCCUGGCGCACACGCAGUGAAGUCAUUCCUUAUUUCCUUUUAAUUUACAGUUUUACAGUUAAGGCUCGCCGCGUAAUUUAAUUAUGGCAUCUCUUAAAUUUUCAUUUAGCCAGUUUCGAGAAAUUAACAUUUAUGUUUUAAGUUUAUUAUUAUCAAUAAAGUUUGUGUGUGUUUUCGAAUGCUA